AUGACCUCAACUGAACUACCGCCUGUCAAUUUCGGAGGCGGUCUCCGGCUUUCUAUAUUUUCUCCUAGGGUUGUCAAACACCUUGAAGAAAUCGAGACCAAGAUUGAGCCCACAAUCACUAUUCAAGAGGAUGAUACUGAUGCUUGUCAUGACGAGGAAGAGCAUCCUCUAGAGUUGGACGCGCCAAAGGCGGCGAACAUACCGAUUCACCCCGCACCCUCUCUCCAGGAAGCACAUUUGGAAUCUCUGGAUGAUGCAACUUCUCAUCACGAGGAGGAGCACCCUGCAGAAAUCAACGCGCCGACGCCGCCUCCAGCGCUAGAGAACAUACCGAUUCACCCCAUACCAUCCCUCCAGGAAGCAUUCUCGGAAUCUCUCGAUGAAGCAACAAAUGGCUCUACAGCAGAUAAGCCGAAACUCAGAGAAUUGGAUGCACAUGGCCGCCGCCAAGCACUCAUAGCGCAGGAACGAGAUGAAGUACCUCUCGACUUCAAAUGGCGAUUUCGAGAUGGACAAAAGCAACAUGAACUUGCGAAACUGAUAGCGCAGAUCUCCUUUGGCGUGUAUCUUUUGUUUCAAGACAUGGCCAAUAGCAACGCCCAAGUCGUAACUAUUCUCCAAGGACACAUCGACGAAGUGGACGAAUUCCUUGAGGUUGUCCUCGAGGACCUGGCUGAAGCCACGAAGGAUCUGAACUCGCGGAUCGAACAUCUCAAGCUCCCGCUCGCAAAUGUACAGGUCUUUGAACAGCUCCUGGAAGACAGGAACUUUCGUCUCGAAAUUCUUCAGGGCAACGAGAAGAUUGACCAUGUCCUGUCCAGGACGAACGCGGCCUUGAACCAAUGGGAUCGAGAUAUUGACGCCGGGAUACAGUCUACCGCAGCCUUUGUCAGCUGGCUCAAGGAUGAGGAGGACGCUGAAUGGAGGGAGGAACGUCCCGGUGUGGCUGAUGUUCUCGACGCAAUGAAGGGCAACGCGGAGGGCUGGCUCAAUGCUUUCGAUGACAUGAGCGAUCGUGUGCAGGAAGCUAGUAACUUGAUCAUGCGCCUCUCGACAAUCAUUGGUGAAAUGGAGAAGAAGGCCGGGGAGGUUAGUCGGAGGACCUGGGCAAACAUUCCACCUUUUACGUUACCGUCCUCGGUCUACCAAGAUGCAAGUAGCUCGCACCCUGUGUCAAUCAAAUCCGGGACGUCAUCGGCACAAUCGACUUGUCGAUCGUCACACUGGCCGCAUGCCAGCAUCCGCAGUGCUGGAGUCUCAGCGACGACCGAAAGCAUCGCCGAUAUAAACAUAGAAGAAGACUUUCCGCUUCCCGGGGGGCUCCCUUUGCUACCACCCUCUCGUUCCCUUUCACGAUGCGGCCCAGAUGGGCACCCUAGCCCUCAGAAACCUGCCACACGAGCUCAUUCGAGAUUAACAUCAAGGUCCAAGCGAGGGCUUAAAGAUCAGGACCUGGAGCCGCAAAGCUCUUUACCGAGAGAGGAGCCGUUGUAUGUGCUUCAGCCACACACAUACACUCCACAAUCGUCAGAAUCAAACCCUUCCCCUAAACUGAAACAGACCGCCACGUUCCAUGAGCCAAAUAAUUUCUCCACCGAGCGAAAGAAGACACUCGGAAUCCGCAGCCUGGAACUGCAAACGACAAAUGCAUACAGUCCAAAGAGUGCUUCUUCAAAAUCUGUACCCCCCGAUGCCAUCCGAGCUCCUCCUCGCCCUUUCGUGGAGGAACCAUCGCGGAGCCGGUCGCCCAAGGCAGCAUCGCCUCGAACGAAUCGGUCAAACCCGUUCGAUUCUGCCCCUAGCUCGGACGGCGAAUCUUUCAUGCAGUCUGGCUUGUCCCACGUCGACUCGGAGAUGGGCGCGUCCACAUCUAGGCGACCGCAUUUAACGCACUCAUCUCGAUCAGAUCACCCGCAACUUUACCAUCCUGUGCGCGCUUCACCGCAUUCACCGCUUCAGCAACGCCUUGAUACUGCCGUUGCGGCUCGUCCUCAUUCUGACAUGGGUUUGCGUCACCAACCAUCUGCCAUCGGGGGAAUGAGCACGUUAGGUAUUGUGGCCAAUGCUGUUCAUAACGGUGACGCCCGAAGCCAGGUGUCUGAAACCCGCAUAGCCGGUAACAGGACUCUGAAAAAGAAGAAGAGUGCUUUUGGUUGGUUUAAAAAGGCCUUUAGCCUGGACGAAGAGGAAAGGGCCGCUUUUGAGGCUCGUAAGGCCAUGCAGCAUGAGGGUGUCUACUACGACCCCAAUAGCCCCAAGUUCUUGGAUGGGCGACGGAUACGUUGA